AUGCCUGUGCAUAAUGUGCAUAACAAAGCAUCAUUAUUUUCAUUAUCUUCAAAGGAAUUCUGUAGAAGCAGCCUUUAUUUUCAGACUCUGCAGGCCUGCUGGGAGGAAACAUAUUAUAAUAAACAGAAGAAGCUCAUGGUCCACUAUCUGCUGCUCCAGAGUCAAGGCCAGGUCCCGCCCCAUGUCACCACGGAGCACAUGAGCAACUGGCUGGUGUCUCAGGGCAAAAAAUCCCUUAGGGAGAGGGUGUGGAAGGAAACCCUGGAGGAGGGAAAUGACCUCGCUCGGCUGGCCUGGGAAGUAAACACUUGCCUAAAAAUGAUGAACAUAGAGCACGAGGCUUUCUGCAAGCUCCGUCGCUCCAUGUACUCCACCUCGCCAGCUGACAUCGAUCCAAAGGUCCACAGCAUCGUGGAGAGAGCUGUGAGCAUUCUGGGCGAGCAGUCCAAUGAGCCCCAUAGCAACCUCCUCAGCCCAUCUCAGGUGGUGGUGGAGGUGGUGCCCAGGCUCCUCCUGGCCCUGUGGCUUCAGCCAGAGGAAGGCCAUUCAGAGCACCCAAUCCUUAUAAGCGGGAUGGCCGUGGGCAUGGUGGCGGCUGUAGUGGAGAAGAUCUCCUGCAUGUUAAAGGACCCUUCCCCUCACAUCCCUUUCUCCCGGGCUGCUGCUUUUGACUCUGUGCGGUCGAUCCUCGGGAGAAUCAGUCAGUCCUUCUCCACGGAUGACCUCCAGAGCCCUUUUUAUAUGAGCUCUGUCUGUGCCUUUGUGGCGGACGAGGUGCAGAGCUGCUUCCAGCCCCCUGCAGCCACCCUACCAGUCCCCCCUGUCCUCGCGGUGGCCGUCUCCACCACACUACCAGCUGACAUCCAAGCAGACGCAGACCCGGCUUCCUCCCACUUGGAGGUUGUGGACAUCACCCCUAACAUAGAGGUAGAGCAGGCUUCUUUCCACCUGGAGGUUGUGGACAUCACCCUUAAUACAGAGGAAGACCAGGCUUCUUCCCACCUGGAGGUUGUGGACACCACCCCUAACAUAGAGGCAGACCCUGCAUCUUCCAGCCUGGAGGUCAAAGACAUCACCCCUAACACAGAGGCAGACCAGGCUUCUUCCCACCUGGAGGUUGUGGACAUCACCCUUAAUACAGAGGAAGACCAGGCUUCUUCCCACCUGGAGGUUGUGGACACCACCCCUAACAUAGAGGCAGACCCUGCAUCUUCCAGCCUGGAGGUUAAAGACAUCACCCCUAACACAGAGGCAGACCCGGCAUCUUCACACCUGGUGGUUAAAGACAUCACCACCUACACAGAGGCAGAGCCCAUCUCUUCCAUCUUGGAGGUUUUGGACGUCACACCUGAAGAAAGGACUCUCACGAUGGCUGUCUUCGCCACUCUGCCAGCUGACAUCCAAGCAGAGGAGGUUGCUGUGGUCUUCCCGGAUGUCACCCAACACGUCACCAAGGACGUGACACUGGAUGUUCCAUGCAGAGCUAGGAAAGGGGCAGUCAGGCAAUUUUUUUGCAGGCUUUGGAGGGCAGUGUGCUGCUGCGCCUGCCACAAGGAAGAGGGGAACAAUAUUAAUUAUUCAUCAGACAUUCAGAAAUGGGAUUGAACCAUAGACCAUUAAAUUAUUUGCAUUAUAAUUGGACUCAAUUCUGCUUUUCUUCUGUUUACUACGUAAUUUCAGAACUUUUCUAUAAACUUUCACUUUGCAAGUGUGGAGUAGGUUAUGUAAAUACCUGGGAAACAUCCCAAUUUUAUGCAUUGUUUUAUUCAAGCAAGGUUAAAAGAUUAACGUUUCGGCCUAGUCUAUGACGAUAUGCAAGUUGUGUUUGCCCAGUAAAAGGGCGACCCAGACUCACCCUGGUUCUUGAGGGUUGAAGACAGUGAAAAAUGAUCAUUAAGUAAAUGGGACUUUUAAAUUCUUGAAUAAAAGUCUUUAAAUGAACAUGAAUUUAAAUACAAUUGACUUGAGGAUCAGAGCAGGCAGGCUGACUGGCUAGCCCUGAAGGCCCUCUGCCUCUACCUCUGUGUGGUUCAUCUCAACCAAGAGGUUGUGUGGGUUGUCUUUCUCUCUGUGGGUGUGAAUCACUAUGACCUCUCCCUCUGCCUGCCAUUUGGCUGAUCAGAAGCCUUCUGCUCUUUCUUGCUCACAUGAACAGGAGGAAUUGCCUCUGGGGUAACCUCCUCCUCUAACGCCUCUUCCACCUCCUCUUUCUGUGUUCGACUGAGGUCACUCGUUCUCUCUCCCUGGGUGUUGGAUAGUUCCUCCUCCUCUGUGUCUUUGUGAGUUUGGAGGGAGUUAUCCUGUUUCGGCUCCCUCUAAGGGUGUGCACCGUAAUCUCUUUCGGUGUGUUGAGGGGUUCAGUGGUUUUGGAGGGAGUCUGAAGUUAGAUCUCUAGCGAUGAGUGUGGGGGCUGUAACUGAAUGUUUUUCUAUAUACCGCUACCUCUAUAGAAAACGGACAACAAUACAUUCAGCUUUAAGAUAGUGGCACCUCCAGAAAAUCAUCUCUCUCACUGUAUGCACUAAAAGUCCACCAGACUGAGCGUGCUCGGCCAGUUUACCAGCUAGUGAGCACAAUUUUACACAAAACCAAUUACAUGUAAAACUAACUCAGAAAUCCCUAACAAUUAAUUCUUUAUAAAAAAUCUCCUAGACAAAAUCCAGUACAAGUAAGCUACUCAGUAAACAUAGUCUCUGUGACUCGUAAAUCGUUUUUUACCUCAGCUAGCAUCAAGCUAACAUAUACUCACACUCAAUGUAAAUCACAUUCUUCUCUCACUCAGUUCGACACAAAGCCAAAACAAAACCUUUCCUAACGUGAUAAUAUCUUGACAAAGUUGUUAAAUAGCAUGUCAUUACAUAUUGUGUAUAUAUUUGAACGUUCGGAAGUUCUGUUACAUACCUGUAAUAGUAAAAGGAACAGACACAGUUUACCUCUGUAAAGUUCUGAUCCUUAUUCUGCAGAAUGGUGAGCGCUUGGCCAGAACUUGCUGUUUCUCCUGCUACAACAGUGCAACAGCGCCAUCUAUUGGCCUGAUGGACUGCUAACGCUAAAGUAUGUAGAAAUUACAAUUUAGAUUAAUUAAGACAAAUACAUAAACAAAUUGGGGGGGGGGGUGAAUAAAUAAUAAAUGGGUGUCUGUUUUUAGUGACUUUGUUUUCAACCCAUUACACAUGCACAAUCGUACAUGUGCAUUUUAAAGCAUUAUUAAGAUCCUUGAGUGUGGAACUGCAGGGCGUUUACGCAAAAACCACAUGAAUUUCACAUGUGAACACGGGAAGUGUUCCAAAAACAUGUUUUCAUGUAAUCUUAUGUGAAGAUAAUGUGAUAACAUGUAAAGCAACAUUAAACUAAUGUUAAACUACACAUGUGAAAAUGUGAUUACGUUGUGUUCCAAAACAUAUUUUCACAUCAAAUGUAAGUUGAAAUCAUGUGGUUUUUCUGUAAGGGAAGGAAUAUAAGAUGCAUUUUGAUGUUAUGUUUGAUGUUACAUGAUCUUGAAAAUGCAAUGUUCUUUGAGGUUCUUCCAUGUUCCUUUCCAUGUAUUUUGUGUUUUUCUUUCCCUCAGUCCUUUUCACUUUCCUUGGCAAAACAAGCUCUGUCUCCGUCAAGACUUAUUCAGAGCCACCAUGAAUUGAAAGCAGCUUCUGACGGAUUUUAAACCAUUCAACAAAUAGUUUUAUAAUGAAGCGUAGACCAUACUAAACACCCUGGAUUCUUUACACACACAUUGAAAGCCAAAAAUCUAAAAUUUGGACUCAUCAGACCAAAGGACAGAUUUCCACCAGUCUAAGGUCCAUUGCUCGUGUCUCUUGGCCCAAGCAAGUCUCUUCUUAUUAUUGGUGUCCGUCCGUUAGUAGUGGCUUCAAUGGAGCAAUUCGACCAUGAAGGCCUGAUUCAAGCAGUCUCCUCUGAACAGUGCAUGUUGAGAUGUGUGUGUUUCUUGAACUCUAUGAAGCAUUUAUUUGGGCUCCAAUCUGAGGUGCAGUUAACUCUAGUGAACUUAUCUUCUGCAGCAGAGGUAACUCUGGGUCUUCCUCAUGAGAGCCAGUUUCAUCAUAGCGCUUCAUGGUUUUUGUGACUGCACUAGAAGAAACUUUCAAAGUUCUUGAAAUUUCCGUUUUGACUGACCUUCAUGUCUUAAGUAAAGAUGGACUGUUGUUUCUCUUUGCUUAUUUGAGCUGUUCUUGGCAUAAUAUGGACUUGGUCUUUUACCAAAUAGGGACAUCUUCUGUAAACCAUCCCUACCUUGUCACAACACAACCUAUUGGCUCAAACACUUUAAGGAAAGAAAUUCCACAAAUUAACUUUUAAGAAGGUACACCAGUUAAGUCCAAUUGUGCUAUUUCAUAGUUUUGAUGUGUUCACUAUUAUUCUAAAAUGUAACAUUUUUUAUAAAUAAAGAAAAAUCCUUAAAUGAG